AUGAAGUUCUCCACCACUCUGAUUGCCCUCGUUGCUGCCGGUCUGGCCAACGCUCAGCUCUCCGACAUUCCCAGCUGCUCGCUGAGCUGCUUCGUCACUGCCCUGACUUCCGAUGGCUGCUCGUCCCUGACCGACUUCGCCUGCCACUGCCAGAAGCCCUCCCUCGUCAGCGACAUCACCCCCUGUGUGCAGAAGGCCUGCUCCGUUGGUGACCAGAUCUCCGUCUCCAACGCCGUCGUCGCCCAGUGCUCUUCCGCCGGCCACCCCAUCUCGGUGCCCCCAGUUGAGACCACCACCAGCGCCUCCUCUUCUGCCUCGAGCUCUGCCUCUGCCACCGACAGCUCCAGCUCGGCCUCCGCUACCGCCACCGACACUGGCUCCUCCUCUGCCUCGAGCUCUGCCUCGGCCACCGCUACCGGCUCCAGCAGCUCCUCCGCUGCCGGCUCUUCCAGCGCUGGUUCCACCCCCGCUGGCACUUCCACCCCUCUGCCCUCCAAGACUACCGGUGGUUCUUCCGGUGCUACCACCUCUCCCGUCUGGACUGGUGCUGCCGUCAACGUCAAGGGCAACAUGGCUGGUGUUGCUGCCGUUGCUGCCGCCGCUGCUUACAUCCUGUAA